CGGAGUACUGAAACAUUCACGAUCUCGAUCUACGCGGCAUCGGAGAGAAGCUGAUCGAUCUAUCGGUGGGGCGCGCGGCCGCGAUCGAUGGCGAAGCUGGCAGGCCGCGGCAGCAACGGCGCCACCGACGAGGCGCUGCGGGAGUGGCGGCAUCACGGCAGCAAGUUCUACGAUACGUUCACCGUCUCUGGCCUCCGCGUCGACGCCAUCCAGCCCGGCCGCGUCCUCUGCUCCUUCACCGUCCCUCCUCGCCUCACGAAUGCAAGGAGCAAACGCAUGCAUGGGGGCGCGGUGGCGUCUCUGGUGGACCUGGUGGGGUCUGCCGUGUUCUUCGCCGGCGGCUCGCCGAAGACGGGGGUCACCGUCGAGAUCACCGUCUCCUACCUCGACGCAGCCCGUGCAAACGAGGAGAUCGAGAUGGAGGCGAGGGUUCUGGGCAUCGGCGAGACGACCGGGUGCGUCACCGUGGAGGUGAGGAGGAAGGGCGCCGGCGAGGUGCUGGCGCACGGCCGGAUCACCAAGUAUCUCGCUGUCUCGAGUAAACUGUGACGAUAUAUAAUACCAUCCUGCUAGCUAAGCUUGCAGCAGGCAGGCAUGUGCGUAGUGCAUACAUACAUUUGUACAAUUAAAUAGCUGAUGAUUUUUCCAUGAAAUUUGAUGUUUUACUAGUAGUAGAUUUAAAAGUUGGCAAUA